AUGGAGGCUGAUGAGGUUAUUGGUGCACCAAAGCAUCCUGACUGGUUGCAAAUGGUGUGCAUUAAGGAAGGGGAAGUUCCCCGCGUGAAUGUCUAUUCUGACGACCAACACACAGCCAUUGAGCACCUCGCUGCUCGUGUGCAUUCUCUACCGCCUUUCAUCUAUAUGGCAGGCGACUUCAACUGUGUCUUGAUGACUUGGGAUGAUUACGAUCAUGGCGAGUCGUCGACGGCAAUAUCCCUGCAGGAUACCACAUCUCAGAUCGGCCUCGAAUUGGAGCACAAUCUCCAGAGUCCAUCAGAUCAUGUCCCGAUCUGCACAGAUUUUGAUAUUGGUCCCAAACCGCCCAGAUCUGGGCAACGGACAAUUAAACCCGGAAGCGAGGCUGAAAAGUCUUUCAUUUCGGACAUUCUCCGGGAUCCUGCGGCUAUUCCUGUCGCAGCCCCAGCAACCAAGGAAGGCGUUGAAGCUCUGGCUGAUGCUAUUGCGACAGCGUUCUCGGAUGGGUGGCUUGCCCAUUCGACCGAGUCCAAGCCUACCAAGUGCUCCAAGUCCUGGUGGACGGAAGAGUGCUCGGAGACAUUCGGAGUAUAUCAGCUGAGCCAAAUCGCUACCUCUUGCAAGCGCCCGUGGGACCUAGUGGAAUGGGUCAAACAGCGCAAGCUACCACCCUGUGAGGCUAUUCGCAAUGGCGACCAGCCUUGUCAUGAUAUGGACGACCUCUGGGAUGCCCUCCACGGCAUGUACAACUUGGCCUCUGGUCGCGAGUAUGACACCUCCGUAUUAGAUGAGCUUCCUGAUGAGCCAGUCUGUGAAUGGGCUGACUUUUCGGAGCAUGAGUUGUUGAGUGCCCUUAAGGGGUGUUCCAACUCCUCUGCGCCAGGACUGGACCAUGUCACAUGGGUCCACCUAAAGGAGUUGCUCAAGGAUAAACACGUCCUUGCGCUCUUCAUCGUGCUGGCCAACGCCUGCCUUAGGGUUAGGCAUUGGCCACGUAUUUUCAAGGAGUCGCUAUCAGUGAUCGUGCCAAAGCCGAAUAAGCCCUCCUAUGCAGUCCCAAAGGCUUUCAGGCCUAUCGUACUCCUCAUCACCUUUGGUAAACUUAUUGAGAAGAUGAUUGCCAAUAGGAUACAGUUUGACGCUGUCAAACAUGAUAUCUUCCAUCCAAACCAACUUGGCGGUAUUCGCCAGAGGUCAACUGAGGAUGCUGGAUUGAUUCUGACCCAUCUCGUGCGAGCGGGGUGGGUUAAGGGUCUCCAGACUAGCACGCUGGCUUUUGAUAUCACGCAGUUUUUCCCUUCUAUCAACCAUGAAAUGUUCAUGGCUGUCCUGCGCAAGCAAGGAUUCUCGCCAAUCUUGGUGGAGUUCUUUGCGUCCUAUCUUGUUGGUCACUCCACAGUUUACUGCUGGAAUACCUUCCAGUCUGACCCAUGGUCUGCGGACGUGGGUGUUGGGCAGGGCUCAGCUCUCUCACCUGUUAUCUCAGGACUUUUCAUUGCUCUGGUAAUGAAGCUCUUUUACAUCAAAGCAGCACCACUCAAUAUGAUGCUACUUUCCUUUGUGGACGAUGGGACCAUUCUGGCCCAGUCCAAACAGCUUGAUGAUAAUAAUGUGGGCCUGCGUAAGGCCUAUCAAAUUAUCUACCUUCUCUUUGUUGCCUUUGCACUCGUUCUUGAACACGACAAGACCGAGCUGUUCCACUUUUCACGUCGGCAAGAUGCUUAUAAUCCUUCGCUGGAUCUGGGGUACGCCCCGCAUACCAGCGAUACUCCUCUGAAGCCCAAGACCUAUUGGAGGUACUUGGGCUUCUACUUUGACUGCGGGCUCACUUUCCAUGAGCAUGUUCCACUACUAUGCCACCAAGGCAUUCACCACUGUGCAGGCCAUGUGCAUGCUCAGAAACUCCACCAGAGGUCUAUCACCUAA